AAAAGAUGUGCGAUGGAAUGGUAGCGUUUCAGACGAGAGUCCUGUCCUCCUCCUCCUCCUCUUCCUCGUCCCUAGUCCACAGGCUGGCUGCCUCUGUGCUCCUCCUCCUCCUGACUGUGCUCCCUCACUGUCACGCAUCAGGUUGUCCGCGGCCGGCCGGUGUACCUCAUGGAGACCUGGUGAACCAGACCGAGGCUAACCGGGGCUCCUUCUCCCCGGGCACCCUGUUGACUUACAGCUGUGAUCCCGGCUACACCCCAGAAGGGCCCACCAGCAUCACCUGCACCAGCUCUGGAGCAUGGUCUUACCAACCUCCACGCUGUAUUCGCAACAAUGUGUGUCUGCCCCCCACAGAGCCAGAAAACGGGGGUUACCGCUGUCACCCCACCCCCUGUCACCGCCUCACUCAGAAGACCGUCAUCGAGUACUUCUGCGAUGAAGGCUACGCUCUAAAGGGGGACUACAAGUUCCUCACCUGCCAGAACGGCGAAUGGAACGCUCCCAUGCAGAUCAGCUGUCGACUCAGCCAGGACAAGGAACCGAGUUCUCCUCUGGGCAUGCCAGCUCUGUCAAUUGUGGCCUCCACAGCUAGCUCUGUGGCCCUCAUCCUGCUCCUAGUAGUGUUGUUUGUACUGCUACAGCCCAAACUCAAGUCCUUCCAUCACAACAGAAGGGAGCAGGGUGUGUCAGGGCAGCCGAGCUCCAUCAUGGUGGAGGGGGUUCAGGUGUCACUGCCCUCUUAUGAGGAGGCUGUGUACGGCAGAGGGGGAGCCUGCAGCGCCUCUGCGCCCCCUCCUCCUCCCCCUCCUAUGCCAGAGACCCGGGUCCCCAUCGUGCUCUCCGAGGGCCACCCCCAAGGGGCCGUGGGAGGCGAGGACCCCAGCGGGAGCCACCACAGAGACUUAGACUUCUGCCUCCCGUCCACCUCCUCCUCUUCCUCCUCCUCCUCCCGGCGCUAUGCAGAGAGGGCGCUGGUACAUCAGGCACCCUCAUCCUCUUCCUCACCCUCGUGGGCCAGAGAGCACCCCAUGGGCGCAUGUGCACCCCCUCUGUCCCUCCGUAGAGACUCUGAGAAUAGUGACCAGCAUAGUUUGCUCUCGGUCACCUCUACAGAUGACUUCUCUGAUGAUAUUCCCCUGUUGAAGGAAGCAUGAAGCCUGGCAGCGAGCUCAGCAGUGACGCCCUUGUCCCCCAGCCGCUAUUCCUGCUGACUAGGACUGACUGUGGGUGUCAACCUCCUUCCCCAAAGCCUUCAACAGCCAGCGCAGGAAAGACUAGAACUAUGCCCAUUCCACAUGCGAUCUCCUCUGCCAUUGCUACCUGUGUGCACAGCGAAGACGGCAAAGAAAACUGCUCGUCUCUCUACACCCUAAAAAAAGAAGAGACGACAGGAGUGACUGCAGGCUCUAGAGCUGGUUUCCACUACCUAUUGCUCCGACAGGCAUAAAGUGAUCUCAGCUCAACGUGAACCUUGUACAAUCCCCCCCCCCACACCUAUCAAAACACAAACACAAACAGGUUGUGUACUGCAGGCUAUUUAUUACUUUACACCCAUCUCCUCCCAGGUUUACUAUCAAUCAUCAAUUAACAGCGCUCGUAGAGGCUUCCCUGGAUAAGGCUAUAGCAACCAAGGCAUACUGACCCCGACUGGGAUUACUGUGGAUAUAAAAUAACCUGUGAUUUUCCCUCCCGCGUGGCCUACCACGUAUCCCCCCCCCCCCGCUGUAUUUGAUACGUAGUGAGAGCCGUCCAUAGAGACGGCCCUGUUUGUGAAUGCAGCAUGUUUUUAAUAGUUACCACUGUCUGAGGCAUGGUGGCCCGCUCUGAGCGCAGUACAGCGCCGCCUCUCUCAUGACGCCCGCCUUCUCGGCCCGUCUGAGAAACCUCGUCAGAAGAGCAAAAAGCAGGCUGCUGUCUUUCUUUUUUUUUCUUUUUUUUUUACACGGCACUGUGUUCCAACUAAAAACGAAACAGGCUUUCUUCUUUUCUGUUGCCGCCGUCAUCCCGUAUCGGUUAAACGCUUCCUCCACAUCAGCACGACUCGGAUUCGGUGCUGGUUCGGUUUCAAGGCUUCCAUCGGCCCAAGGGAACUGCAGAAAAUUGGGCGUAUCUGUCGGGAAAGGGGAAGAGGCCAUGGUGGGAUGUUUUACCUGAAAGCUGGUGGGGGGGGGGGGUUCUUUGAACCUGUUGAUUCGUGUGACUGAAAUUUUGGGGUGCUUUUGUGUGUUUUGUCAUUUCUUUGUCCCUCUAUUUAUUGUUUGGUGUGUGGCUGAGUUUGGUCCGCUUUGAGAUGCCGAAUAUGGGUUUGCAUGAGUUUGUCUUUACGCGUCUCUGUGUUUGUCUUUAUCUAUGGGUGACAUAUAAGUGGGAGAGGGGGGACACAGACGCCCUAAGUGCAGUUCCUGAUUUGCCUCUUUUUUUUUAGAUUCGAGGCUAGCUUUACAAUGGCCCAUUGGAAAAUCGCCCUUAUUCUUGUCUUAAUUCUUAUUCUUGGCUUUGAAUAAGUCACAUAGAUUGACCACCGCUACUAUCGGGGCUAAGACUAGUACGUAAUGUACUAUUCAUCCAUUCACCACCUCGAAUACUCUGCAUUUGGGCUGUGUGAGAGUGACUCUCCUGUGUGAGACCGAGUCCCAUUCACUUUUACUGAUGUGCGGUCCUGGAAGGCACGGCUGAAAAUUACUGACACUACUGCAACUGGUUGCAGUGAAGAAAGUUAUUUUAUAUGUAUGGUAAACUUUCCCCACUCUUCUCCAAUGCCAAGUGCAGACAUGAGAAUCAUUUUUAUAUUUUUGUCAAUCGCCAUCCGUUGUCACGGUCACUUGAAAAGCAUGAAUGGCUGAGCAUCAUCGGUUGAGAAAGUCACCCUGGAAACCGCCAACUGCGAUGGAUACUGAGAGUGAUAUUUUAAAGCCCGACUGAAAAGAAACAGUGCAAACUUUUAUCAUUAUUAUGCAUUAUUUCUUUUUAUUUGGUAGCUGUCUGUUUUUGUCAAUGGCUACACCAAUGCAAACAGAGUAUUUUGCCUUACACUUGUACAUUUCCUUACAUCUUUAAAUUCAAUUUUUUUUUCUUUUUGGUUCAUAAUCUUAAAACCUCCAUAUUUGUUGCUUACGAUGUUGCGAGUUCUUCUGUGAUCCCAACGGCCUUACUUUAUUAUUUUCUAUUCUAUGCAUACACCUGUCAUGUGUCUGUUUCAGUGAGUUAAGUUUUUGUGUGGACAUAAACUGAUGUCCAUCCAUCCCUCAUCCUUGCCAAGGCUUUCCCAGGGACAGUGAUACGCUGAAGAGCCUAUAAGAACCUAUGAUAGCUCACUAUUCUUUUGUGUGUCUUUGCUACAUGGCAUUUAAAUUUCAUGGGAUUUAAAAGGAAGAAAAAUCUGAAAUUAACUUUCUGUCAAGAAACACUGUUGUACAGUGGUGCAGCCCUGAAAAGAGCAGAAGAUCAUUUCCAUCAUGAUUCUGUGUUCAAUGCUUUCAGCUUUGGUUUUUCUUCUGUACAUGACAGUUGGUGUGAAAAUAGUAAUUUAAUAUUUGUAUAAAGUUUAAUUUAAUUUUACAGUGUGUAAUAUAACUUUCUAAUUAAAGCUUUCUUUUGAAGUGUGAAA